GCCUGGUCAGUCUGUGUGUUUGACAGAGGAAUGAACACACCAUCACAGAAAUCUCCUACUCCACCGUGUUACACUACCCAGGACAGACCUCUCCUACUCCACAGUGUUACUCUACCCAGGACAGACCUCUCCUACUCCACAGUGUUACUCUACCCAGGACAGACAUCUCCUACUCCACAGUGUUACUCUACCCAGGACAGACCUCUACUACUCCACAGUGUUACAAUACACAGGACAGACCUCUACUACUCCACAGUGUUACUCUACCCAGGACAGACCUCUCCUACUCCACAGUGUUACUCUACCCAGGACAGACCUCUCCUACUCCACAGUGUUACUCUACCCAGGAUAGACCUCUCCUACUCCACAGUGUUACUCUACCCAGGACAGGACUCUUCAUUCUGUCCACUGGUGCAGAGCAGCAGAGUCCUCUGGGGUUUGAAUAGAAUAUUGUUGUUGCUGUUGACACGUCUGAGGAUGUGGAAGAGGAGGGGUUUAUAGUGACCAUCACUGUUUCUACCAUAAGACACAGAACUACUGGAUAUUCAACUAAGAGGAAAGAGACAGAUCCAUUAAUGAAACAAUCCCGGGACGUACAAGAACACGUUAUCAAGGGGAACUUCUGUCACCUGUAAUCACUGUUUUGGAGAAGAGAGGAGAUUUGUCGCCAUUUUGACAACACUCAUCAUCUAGUGAAAACCAGGGAAAACACACCGGGCCCAGUUGAACAGAACUGUUUGGGACUUUUGCACGUCGCCAUGGCGUCCACAGGUCUACAGCUACUUGGCCUCCUAUUGGCCGUGAUGGGCUGGGUGGGUGGGGCUCUCGUCUGCGCCGCCCCCUUGUGGCGAGUCUCCGCCUUCGCGGGCGGGGAGAUCGUGAUAGCCCAGGUUCUCUGGGAGGGGCUAUGGAUGACGUGUUUGUCCCAGAGUACGGGACAGAUCCAGUGUAAGACUUACGACUCUACCCUGGCCCUCCCCGUCUCCGCCCAGGUGUCCCGUACCCUCUCCGUGCUCUCCCUCCUCUUCUGCCUCUUCGCCCUCCUGCUAGGCGUGGCUGGGGCUAAGUGCACCAAGUGUCUAGGGGAAGGAGCCUACUCGUCCAAGGCUAGGCUAGCCCGCGUGGCUGGGGCUCUGUUCUUCUUCUCUGGGCUGCUCUACCUGAUACCCAUCUGCUGGACGGCCUACGCCGUGGUCAGGGAUUUUUACGAUCCAAAAGUCGCCGCGCCGCUGAAGAGAGAGUUAGGCCCCGCCUUGUAUCUAGGCUGGGGGGCGGGAAUUCUGCUGCUGGUUGGAGGGGCUCUGCUGAACGCAGGCUCCUCCCCUCCAGGGGUUAGGGCGACGCCUACUUUUGGGGGAGGUGGGAGGAGUAACCCACUGCCUGUGGUGGUAGAGGAGAAGGAGUAUGUCUGAACCGUGUCACACCAGGGUUGUGAUCAUUACUUUGUGAUAAAAUGGACUGAAACAGGGAGGGACUACCUGAACGUGUCCAAUAAGAAAUGUUCAUUUUUGUUGUCCAUUGUAAAACAUUUUGCAACAUUAUGCCCUAAUGAAUACAACCCCGUCACUAAACUCUCAGUGAAGGAGAGACAGGUCAACAUGUAAAUAAGAAAAUGCUUAUGAUUACGUUUCAGAAAAUCUGCAUGAUUAUUCUCCAUUUCAUAUGACCACUUAUAGACAGCUUUGUUAUUUUGUUAUGACAUCAUCUUCUAGUUGUUUUCAUUAUGACAUCAUCUUCUAGUUGUUUUCAUUAUGACAUCAUCUUCUAGUUGUUUUCAUUAUGACAUCAUCUUCUAGUUGUUUUUAUUAUGACAUCAUCUUCUAGUAGUUUUCAUUAUGACAUCAUCUUCUAGUUGUUUUUAUUAUGACAUCAUCUUCUAGUUGUUUUCAUUAUGACAUCGUCUUCUGUUUUUUUUCAUUAUGACAUCAUCUUCUAGUUGUUUUUAUUAUGACAUCAUCUUCUAGUUGUUUUCAUUAUGACAUCGUCUUCUGGUUUUUUUCAUUAUGACAUCAUCUUCUAGUUGUUUUUAUUAUGACAUCAUCUUCUAGUUGUUUUCAUUAUGACAUCGUCUUCUGUUUUUUUUCAUUAUGACAUCAUCUUCUAGUUGUUUUCAUUAUGACAUCGUCUUCUGUUUUUUUUCAUUAUGACAUCAUCCUCUAGUUGUUUUUAUUCUGAUUUGAGUUUUCUGUGUUAACUUCUUCUUGGUGUAAUUUAUACAUGAAAUAAUAAAGUAUUUUACAACA